CUUUUUUUAAAAGCGCAAGACCGCUCUGUAAAGGGAGCACGGCAAAUCAGAGCGCACAGGUUUGCAGCGACAGACUCGACCCAGAGGAAACACAGCGCGGAGUUCAACGCCGCAGCUUCUAGCGCAGGAACUGAACAACGACUCGUAUUAUAGCGUGGCGUUUGAGAAAACAAAACAGUGAGGCUGACAUAUCAAGAAAACACACGUUUGAAAAGGAGCCAGAGGACUACACGACAGAACUAUCAAUAUUAAACACACCAGGAGGGCUUUUCCUGUUCUGAAGUGACGCGAUGCAGCGCUCCACCGUCCUGCUUAUCCUGAUGAUAAUCGCCCUGUACUCCAUCAGUGUGGAAGCCUACAAAUGCAAAUGCACAAGAAAGGGGCCCAAGAUCCGGUACAAGGACGUGCAGAAGCUGGAGAUCAAACCGAAGCACCCCUACUGCCAUGAGAAGAUGAUCUUCGUCACUAUGGAGAACGUGUCCCGCUUCAAGGGCCAGGAGUACUGUCUGCACCCCAGACUGCAGAGCACCAAGAACCUGGUGAAAUGGUACACGAUCUGGAAGGACAAGCACAGGGUUUACGAAUCCUAAAUCGGUACAAGAUGGACCAGCAAACCUCCACCCCCCCACCCCCCCCCCCCAAUCGCCCCCUAAAACAAGACUGUUUUAAAAGCACAAACAAGAAAAUCAGAAACUUCAGACUUUAAUGCAAAUAUUACUUGUGGAAUUGUAGACGAUGGCAGAGCAAUUGUAUUUAUUUUUGUAACUUUCGAUUUCACCCCUGGAGGAUGGCCAGAGUGAGAAUGUAAGGGAGAUGGUGGAUGGCAGGUGCUUCCUAGCGGAUUGCUCUAGUGGAGACUGCUCAGCUGUAUCUGUGUUUGCUUUGCAGAUGUGUCUCUGUGGGACAGAUCGUACCACCCUCAGUCUUUGGCUUCAGGGCAAUCGAACCCACCGUCAUUCAAUCGUUUACGAUUCUGGGUUUAAGAGCGUUUUGGGUGUGUUCUAUAAACAUGCCCAGAGAAACAUCUGACCAGUAGCAUGUUCGCACUGCAUGAUUGAGAUGACCCUGUUAAGGCAGGUCCACACCGGAGCCAUCAGUUGCACAACCCAAUUGCUCCCGAAAUCGCGCAGCUCAGUUGCGAGCAAUUGCUGUGUCCGCAUCUAAGCAAUUACUUGUGCAACAAGGUUCCCGCAUCUACAAGUUUCAUUGUUUUAUGGUAACUGAGGUGAGAGGUGUUUUUUUUUUUUAAUUAUUCCAUCUACAAGGUGAAGUAGUUUGGGUUUUUUAAGGUUUUGACAACUGAAUUGACACGUUUUUGUUGUUUUUUUUUGUUCCGCGUCUGUACGUUUAGAAUUGUAUUUAUUUUAUUUAUUUUUUGACAGCUGAGGUGACACUUUUUUUGGUCAGGUCGUAUGUGUCCAGUAUUUUUUUUUUUUUAACUGUCAUUUUAAAUGCCAUAUUCCCUAAAGAAAAAACAAAGCCCUGUAAAAGCCGGACGAAACAGUUUCAUUUUACCACCGACGUUUUUAAAAUGAGAGCUUCUUUAUGACAGGAUGUGCAAGCCGUGCAGUCAGCAUUAUAAGAACCAAUCAGAGUCUGUGAAUUGCCACGUGAUCGCCUGUGUCUACAGACGCCGCUCCGGAGGUUGCUUGGAAAGUAGAGCCCGGCUCUACUUCAAGCAACUGGUUGUGCAACUGCUCGCAACUGGUUGCAGGGACGUCCACAUAUAAGCGACGUGGCUGAUCGCUGAGGUGUGGACCCAGCUUUAGAUUAGUCCUGCUCAGAGUAACACUGUGCUUCGUCCUGGGGAUGGGGAGCAGCUGAUUGCAGACAAUCCCAUUCCAUCUGGGAGCAUGUAAAUAAAUCCAAAUGUAAAGUCUCUCUCAAGUGAGACCCCUGCCUGCUGCUUGUGACCCGCGAAACCUUUCAGAAGCAUUGUCUGGGGGCCACCAUACAGACACUAUACAGUGUCAUGCUUUACCCACGGAGGUGCGAAACUGGCUUCACUAGAGGGUAUAACAGCAGCUUUGUUUUCAUGGUGUUUAAUUCCACUGCAAAGUAAACGCUCUUUCCUCGAACUUUACCUUGUUUGUUUUUAACCCUGUUUGAUUUGCUUUGCAUUGGACACUGUUUGUGUCUCAACCUGAAUGUACAGCCAAAUACUGUGCAUUCCACUUUGUUAUAUAUAUGCAUACAUAAAUUGCUUGUAAAUAGAAUGAAUACUAUAUCGAAACAUACAUUUAUUACCUCUUAAUGUAUUGCUAAAUUAUUGUUUUGCUAUUUAAAUUUGACAAUGUUGUUUGUUUUUGUGCACAGUAUAUAACCUGGCACGUCUUUUUAAGGUGGUCAGGAGUGUAUGUAAUAUAAUCUAAUGGAGCUCCCUGGCAAUAAGAGAGUUUGAACCUUG